AUGAAGUUCACUUGUGCUCUGCUUCUCUUGGCCACUUUGGCUUGUGUCCUGGUGAGCCUGUCAAGUGCUGCCAGUUCCACAACCUCAACAGAGGCCAGCACCACCACCACAACAACAACGGCCUCGUCCUCGGACACCACCACCACCACUGAAUCCUCCUCGGACACCACUACCACCACCACUGCUUCCUCUUCUUCCUCCUCCGGCAAGAAGAAGCACAUUAUCCACUACAAGCGAAAGAUCCACCGCCCCAAGAAAAUCGUGAAGAUCCACCACAAGAAGAAGAGCAGCGCCUAA